CUGGCUGGCAGUUCCGGGCUGGGGUGUGUCCUAUAUUUAUAAGGGUUGCCAGUGCAGGGUGAGCUGACCUGGCCAUCCUGCAACCACACUCACAGCUUCCCGUUUCUCAUUACUGUACCUACACACAGAUACGGAUCAUGUCGGACAGGGCCCCAUUUGAAACCAAUGUCAUCACCCUGACCCGCUUCGUGAUGGAAGAGGGCAGGAAAGCUAAAGGUACCGGUGAGAUGACCCAACUCCUCAACUCCCUGUGUACCGCUGUGAAAGCCAUCUCUUCUGCCGUGCGCAAGGCUGGACUUGCCAACCUUUAUGGAAUUGAUGGAUCCACCAAUGUGACAGGAGACCAAGUGAAAAAGUUAGAUGUUCUCUCCAAUGACCUUGUAAUCAACACACUGAAGGCCUCAUUCAGCACAUGCCUCCUUGUGUCAGAGGAAGACAAACAUGCUAUUAUUGUGGAGCCUGAAAAAAGGGGAAAAUACAUUGUCUGCUUUGACCCGCUGGAUGGCUCCUCAAACAUUGACUGCCUGGCGUCCAUUGGAACCAUUUUUGCAAUCUACAAAAAGACUUCUGAAAACGAGCCCUGUGAAAAAGAUGCCUUACAACCUGGCCGUAACAUUAUAGCAGCAGGCUAUGCGCUGUACGGUAGCGCCACAAUGAUGGUUCUCGCCACUGAGUGCGGAGUCAACGGUUUCAUGCUUGAUCCAGCAAUUGGAGAAUUCAUAUUGGUUGAUAACGAUAUGAAAAUCAAAAAGAAGGGCAAUAUUUACAGUCUGAAUGAGGGCUAUGCGAAAUACUUUGAUGCUGCAGUAACCGAGUACUUACAAAAAAAGAAAUUCCCAGAAGAUGGAAGCUCACCCUAUGGUGGAAGAUAUGUGGGCUCUAUGGUAGCUGAUGUACACAGGACGUUAGUGUAUGGUGGAAUCUUUUUGUACCCUGCUAAUGUAAAGAGCCCAAAAGGAAAGUUGAGACUGCUUUAUGAAUGCAAUCCAAUGGCGUAUAUCAUUGAGAAGGCUGGAGGAAUGGCCAGUAACGGACUAGAGCCAGUGUUAGAUGUAGUACCAGAAAAUAUCCACCAGAGGAUGCCAGUAGCACUUGGCUCUCCGGAUGAUGUACAGGAAUAUAUUGAUAUCUUCAAAAAACAUGCAGCGAAGUGAAAGACAGAAGAGCAUUCCUGUAAAGAGGACCAACGAUUACUAAGCAACUGUAUUAUACCGAAGACACCUGUGAACAUGACUUUCUUACUUUUAUAUACAAUGUCAGGCCUGGUCAAAAACAUAAAUAAAGUUUUAUUUUAAUCACU